AUGGCGAACGUUGAAGCAAUUAGGAUCCUCGUAGGCGUCAUUGGAAAUGUCAUAUCUUUUUUCUUAUUUACCUCUCCAAUCCCAACAUUUGUGAAAAUCAUCAAGCAAAAGUCAGUUGGAGAAUUCAAGUCAGAUCCUUAUAUUGCAACUCUGCUUAAUUGUGCAAUGUGGUCGUUUUACGGCAUGCCGAUUGUUCAUCCGGAUAGCCUUCUUGUCAUUACAAUCAAUGGCACUGGAUUUUUUAUUGAACUCGUUUACAUUGCCAUCUUCUUCACAUAUUCCUCUGGGAAAAACCGACGAAAUAUCAUCAUUGCUCUUCUGGUUGAAGCUACAUUAUUUGCCAUUGUGGUUUUCAUUACCCUACACUUCUUCCACUCAACGAAAGACCGGUCUAUGAUAAUUGGGCUCUUGUCUAUUGUCUUUAGUAUCAUUAUGUACGCGUCACCCUUGACUGUCAUGAAAAUGGUUAUCAAGACGCAGAGUGUUAAGUACAUGCCAUUUGCCCUCUCGCUGGCUAACUUUUGCAAUGGAAUUGUGUGGCUCAUCUAUGCACUUCUUAAAUUUGAUCCCUAUAUUCUGAUUCCAAAUGGUUUAGGAACAAUUUCUGGCUUGGUGCAACUCACCUUGUACGGCACUUACUACCAGACCACCAAAUGGGAUGAGGAUGAUGAAAAGCCAAAAUCGGAUGUUCAACUCUCAAUAGGGAUGACAAUUCUAACCGUUAGAUCCGAUAACCGCGGAUAA